CUCUCUCUCUCUCUCUUUCUCGCUUUUUUUCAGUAUCACACACUCAGGCAUACAUACAAACACACACACACUUGCAAGCACAGAGUCAGUCACCAACUCUCACUCAACUCCUUCUCAGCACGGGUCAGCAGCUCAAACAGGCACCUUGUUCCUAUCCAGCUGGACAGAGCAGAGCAUUGCAAGGAUUCCCACCCUCUUGGCAUCCUUCUACUGGGACAUCUUCCAAUAAUCAGCAUGCAUACAGCUUGCACAAGGUGCACCUUGGGAGUCUGACCCACCAUGUGCAGAUGGACGCCAUCCGUAGCUCAUCUCUGUCCUGAACCUGCUUUUGGCACCGCAACUACUACAGCCUCUGCCGGGCGACCAAUCCUACUGCCCAGUGCAGCCUCCAUUUGCCUGGCAUGCUUCACCCUGCUCUUGGUCUCCUCUGGCAGUGCCACAGGGGCCUGUCCUCCUCGGGUACAGCAUGAACCCCUUCAGGUGCUGGCAAAUGGCAUCAAUUGUUCAUGGACACUGGAAAGGCACACUCGCAGUUACAAUCACCUAGAGGGUGACGUCCGACUAAGGCGACUUUACUCUGCCAACAAGUUCUUCCUGUGCAUUGACAAAACAGGCAAGGUGGAUGGUACUCGGCGGAAAAACUAUGCAGACAGCCUGAUGGAAAUCCGAUCUGUCAGUGUGGGAGUUGUUGCCAUCAAGUCUGUCAGCACUGGGCUGUACUUAGCUAUGUCAAAGAAAGGCACACUCUUUGGAUCGGUGAAGUACAACCCGAGUUGUAAGUUCAAGGAGCGAAUUGAGGAGAACGGCUACAACACAUACGCCUCCCUCCGCUGGAAGCAUGGUGGUAGGCAGAUGUUUGUGUCACUGAACGGCCGGGGGAAGCCACGGAGAGGUCACAAGGCUCGACGAAGACACCCAUCAACUCACUUCCUGCCCAUGCUCCCCUCCUAGCUGCUCAAGUUUGAACUCUGACUGGCGACCGGCUGGCUGACCCGCCUCCUCACACUAGUUCUGAUGAUGAUCUUUAUUUGGCUAUUCCACCCUCCUGUCACAUAAAUGUACAGUACAUAUGUUGAGGAAAGUAACAUUUGUGAAGCUAGUAUAAUGUGUACUUUUAAGUUAUUUUCUUCAUUUUCUAAUGAUGUGCAGUAAUACAGUCCAAUACAGUGGGAUCAUACUAGCUUCAGACAUCUGUCUGGCCACUGGAACUAUCUGUGUGUCUGAAGUGCAUGUAAAGUGAUGUUUGGAUGACUGUAAGAUUGUAAGAGUACUGAAAAGGGAUUGCAAGGCUUGGAAAUAACACAAUGUGGCUCAUUGCUAGAAUCAACCGAUCAAUCUGAAAUGACAAGUAUCACUAUUAGAACAAAAAAGGUAGCAGCUUGGAGAUGCAAAUCGGGGCAGUAACUACCACUGAUGACAAUGAGGUCAUGUUUUAUACUAUGCUUUUUUUGCCUUUACAUCUAGAGCACAAUUUCAUGCAUUAAAUCUUCUCAUAUUUAAGACAUUUCAGGAUGUUUCACAUGUGAAAUCUGUAACUAUAUCUAACAAAACAAAAACAAAACAAACAAACAAAUAAAUAAAACUAACCUAACAAAAAUCUAAAUAGUUACCAAAAAAGCUGUGUGGACAUGACCUCAGUAUUUCUAAAAUUGUGCUCUGGCUAUGCUAUGAAUUUAACAUCUUCAUUGUUGCUUUGGUUGUAACAGACACCACUAGAAAAGAGUCACCGACCUGCACCUGAAUUGUAAUGAUGAGCCAAAAAUCUCUACUAAAUGAAUCUCAUGUGCUGUUCUGUCUGUAUAUGUCUAUACAUAACAAGAACAGAGCAGAAACUAAGCUAAUUCCUGGGAUAACAUGCUGGAUUUCCUGCAAUGACCUUUAUGUGUUUGAGCAUGCUUCUGUCAGACUGCUUUUCUCAAUCAAUUCUCAGUGCAAUUCUCCAAUAGAGUAGAAAUCAGUUUCUCUAGUUUGUUGGCCUUAGUUCAGUUGUGCAUAAUAAUUAAUAUACAUUUUGUGUCACUGAAUGCAUUAUAAUGGCUGUAGGAACACCAGAUGUCACAUAGCAGCAACUUCACAAAUGUUUUACCCAGUAGUAAAUGGUUAUUACACCCUGCCUCUCUUUUAAGGCUUUCUAACAAUUUCUUGACAAGAACUCUGUUGCUAAUAGAACAUUUAAUAUAUUUAAAACAUUUUUUACUCUUUAACUGUUGGAAGUUUAUUGUUAUUGAUAAUUUUUUUUUGGAUUGUAGUCCUACUAAGAAGGGGAGGCUCCCUGAUAGGAAGGAGGGAUAAAACAGUUGUUUUCAAGUCCAUAAUCAGCUCAUCUUAUAUAUAACUAAUGGAUAUUGGUACACUGAUCCAUUUAUCAUGAACUGCUUUCCAGUUAUAUGCUAGUUAUAGCAGGUUGUAUAUAAGGCCAAAUUCUCAUUACAAAAACAGCAACGUAGAUUCAGUGAUUUAAAAUCAAUUGAGUGCCUUGGUCCAUGCUGAGUGUCAAUAAAAAUGUGGAUAAAUCAUGAGUCAUGGCUCACUUGUUAAUGCAAUCAAGCCUUUUCAAUAAUCUUUCUAAAGUUAUUCAUUUCAGAACUGUCACUUUAAUCUUGUUUUGUGCAUGACACUGAUUGUUAAGUGUUAGUAACAUCUUCAUCAGAGCUCUUCAACAUAAUCCCCUUCCUUAUUAUAAUUAUGGCAAAACUCACAACAGGAGAGGCUUUGAUGUG